AGAGAGGUUUCUCUGUUGUGGGUUCGUGUGGUGUCUUCUGGCUGCGUCUCGGUGCCUGCCCCACUGGUUGCCCGAAUUAGAGUCCGCAAAGUGGGAGGGCCCGAGAAUCCGCCUUCAGGGCUGUCCCGAAACACUCCGGAUGCUCUCGGAAUCGGGGGGGGGGGGGGAGGCGGAGAGUUGCAGCGACUUCUCCUGUAGCUGAGAGCAAGCGCUUCGCUCGGGCUGCCUUCUAGAUACAGAUCUCAAUGUCUUCACCUGAAUUUAAGUCUCUGUCACAAGAUGAACUUCGGAAAAGACUGUAUCAGACAUUUAAGAACCGAGGUGUUCUGGACACACUGAAGACUCAGCUCCGAAACCAGCUCAUACAUGAGCUAAUGAAUCCAGUUUUAAGUGGAAAAAUUCAGCUACAAACUGUUUCUACUGACUGCAGUUCAUUGUUAAUUGGUGCUUCCAACAGUCUGGUGGCAGAUCACCUGCACAGAUGUGGAUAUGAAUAUUCACUAUCUGUCUUCUAUCCAGAAAGUGGGCUAGAAAAGGAUAAACUUCUUACUAUUCAAGAUCUGCUGCAGCUGAUGAGAAUCAAUCCUCAGACUGGCCUUUACAAAACACUGAUUUCAGCCUCUCAAAAGGACAAUGCAAAAGGUUUUCUUGUACAGGUUCUAAUGGAACUGGUAGAGCAUAAUCUCUGUAAGGAGGCAUGUAACACAGGAACUCAGACAGGUUCCAUACCAUCUUAUGAAGAAUCUCUCGCUGAGAAACUUCAACUGAUUGAUGAGCAGUUUGACAAGUAUCCUCAACGCCACAUAUUUGAGUCUUUAGAAGUAAAGCUUGCUGAAUACCGAAAAGAAAUAGAAGACCAGCUCCAAGUGGAAAUGUCUCAAAAGUUACAUCACUUUAAAGAGGUUGAAAUAUCUAAAAUGAAAAUGGAUGAAAGAACACGAUCCCAGAAAGAAAUCUCUGAACUUCGCAGAGAGUUUGAAAAAACUCACCAAGCCAAGGCAGAAGCUCUAACCAUACGUGAAAGAAAUGCCAUUGAAAGGCUUCAGAAGCAGCAAGAGAUUGAUGCCAGAGAGAUUUAUUUACAAAGACAAAGUCUACUGAAAGAUAUUGAAACGAUAAGAAGUCGAGAGGCAGAACUGAAGCAGAGAAUGGAAGCUUUUGAUCUUGCUCAGAAACUUCAGGAAUCAAAAAAUAAAACUGUCGAAGAUGCCCUGCGUUGUCGAGAGCUAGCUGUGAAGACUAUUGAGGAAACUUAUGAUCAGAAGCUUAAGAGUGAACUCCUGAAGUAUCAGCUGGAACUGAAGGAGGAGUACAUAGCUAGAACCAAGAAGAUUUCUGAAGAAGAGACAAAAAAUAAAGAAAAAGCUAUGUUUUUACAUGAGGAGGCAAUUUCUGUUGAUUCAAAAAAGGAAGAAUUCAAACAAGCUAUUUCAUGUGCAAAAGAGCUUCAGCGGGAACUAGAGUCAGUCAAGGCUCAAGGUUUGCUGUUAAGUAAGCAGAAUCAGUUGUUGACUGAAAAACUGAAAGAAGUUUCAGAUUAUCCUUUGCUAAAAGAGGAAAAAAUGGAACUUCAGGUGCAGAUUAAGAUACUUCAGCAACAAUUGGAGGAGGCACGCAGUGACAACAUUCAACUCAGAGACAAGCUGACUCAACCAUCGUCUGAAUAUAUUGUCCUUCAAGCAGAGCUGAAAAGAGUAGAGCAAGCUCGAAAGCUUGAACAUGAAGAGUCUGAAACUCAUAAGCAGCUCUUGGAAAAGCAAUUACAAAAUGAGGUUGAUAAUUGUGUACAACUAAAGGCCCAGAUGUCAGAAUGUGAAAAUACAAUCAGGAAGUUAAAUGCACAAGUGGAAGACCUGAAGUCACAACUUAAGCAAACACAGACAGCACUAGAGAAUGAAGUGUAUCGGAAUCCUAAACCAUCCUUGGUCAGUCAUUCUGUCAUUGACCUCACUGGUGACAGGACUGUGCCUCGCAAUAUUUAUACAGAAGGUGCUUUCUUAAAUGCUCUACCUGUAACUGGUGAUAUUGGAAUGGAAAAUGCUACAAUUCUCAGUCCGUGUCAUACUCUGAAACCCACUACUUCACCAGAUUCUGAUUUAGAAUUUAUAGCUAAUACCAAGACAAGGAUAAAAGAAUUGGAGAGAGAAGCUGAAUAUUUAGAAGAAGCCUAUAAGAAUUACCAGCACAGAGUCAUUCAGAGCUGUGUCGGCCCACCAAAGACCCAGCCCUCUUCACCUUUAUCAAAUAACUUUAACAUUUCUUAUCAAAGACUUCGGUUUGCUCAAGAUGACUUGCCUUCCCAGGACCUUGUCCUUAGUUAUCCAAAAUGUAAGAAAUAUAACAGAACACCAGGAAAUGGGUAUCAGUUGAAAAAUAAUCUGACCCCCCCACAAAAGAGAGCUGUUUCUUCAAGGCGUCUUUCUUCUACUCCAGUUUCCAAAACAAAGAGAAACAUCAGUAACAAACUGUUUUCUGAAGAUGCAGCUGGGUCCUACCUUGGUGCAUCCCAUCAAAGUGCUGACCAACCUCUCUCUCCUAUUCUGAGAACAGGCAAUCUUUCACCUCCUGACUUAGCUUCUAAUAUCUCAGCAGCUUCUUCUCCAGUGCCCAGUGAACAAAGGAUGAGUCUUCAUCAACAGGAGGAGGAAAAUCAGGAUGACUGUAUAAAGCCUGAAAAACUCACGUACGAAGACCUCGAAAGUCAUGACUCUGCCAGUGAAUAUCAAGAGGACAUUCCAGAACAACUUGAAAGCAAUGUGUCACAUCCAUCCGGGCAUAUUGUUAGUGGAAGCCAAGGCCCAGUUUCUGUGCCUCCAACAGUUACUUCGCAGCAGGAUACAAGUGGAGCAGAGAUAACAGUUGUCAAGACUGAAAGGCAACUUGAAGAUCAGCAAGAGGAGGAAGAUGAACAAAAAUGGGAAGAAGAAAGGAGGAAAAGGGAAGAAAGAAGGCUGAGAGAGAGAGAAGCAGCUUUGGAAAGAGAACAAGAAGAACUGAAAAAACUGAAUGAAGAAAUGUACAUUGAAGAGUCAGUGACAACUAAAGAGAAAACACAUGAUGAAAAAGCAGCAAAAUUAGAAGAGAGUCUGUUGAAAGCUGAAGACCAUAGUGGCGAUGCUAUUCCUAAUCCAUUAGAAAAAUACAUGAAAAUGGUUCAACAGAAUCAAGAGCAAGAGCUUGCAAAUAAGAAUUUCAAGAAAGAAGAUGCUGAAGUAACAUCGGAGAGACUCCCAGGUAGUGAAAGGGAGAACAGCUUUAGUGCUGCAGAGAGCCUUCAGGGAGAACCUGAUGAAGAUUUCUGGUAAACAUCAGCUACCUGGCCAGAAAGAUGAUAUAAGAAAAACACCAUGCAGCAAGAAGCUGAAUAUGUGCAAUUUUGGAAAACUUUCAUCUGCAGUGUAAUUAAUGAAGAAAUACAGCAUCAGAAUAUAUUUUCAGAUGACUUCAUGGUUACAAUCUAUUGUGGGAGAGCUGUUUGGAGACUUGAAACACUUCAAAACACAUUUUUUACUUGAAUAAAAAUCAUGGGAGCUGGAGUGCCAACAAUAAAUUUCACCUGUUCAGAAUGUUUCAAAUUAG